AAACGGGGCCUAAUUUAAUUUCUCUUUUACUCAACAAUUAAAAAACAUAGCCAAAUUAAUUGCUAAAAAACGCACCAGAACUGUACCUGUUAAAUAUAUAUACGCCUUGUCCAUUGUGUCUUGCUCCGACGAACACCGUCGCGCCACCAUCAUGAAAGCAACAAAUGCAACACCAAAGAGCAAAACCCAUAUGAAAAUAAAUAGGCUUUUGUGGGAGUCAUUGUUGUCUUUACCUGCCAGAGCAAUGGCGAGGGCUAGUAAAAUCCAAGUUGUCGCGUCGUUAAAUGCUGUCGCAGCGAUGGCGAUUUCGCUGACGAAGCUCCGACGAAUGAAAUUCAAAUCAAGUUCAAGGCCCGCCAAGGAAAGCAAGAAGAGUAGGCUAAUACUUGCAUCAGAUUCAAGAAUUGAAGUGCCUAAUUUUCCUUUUGCUAACAGUUCUAUUGUAUCCUACAAUUUGACCCAUUUCUCUUUGAGUGAGAAAUAAAUUCAGCUCAUAAACAGAUUCUUAAUGUAGAUUUAAUUGCUGCCGAGUGCUGAUGAACGUCCAGGAACUUGGGUGGACAGCAAAGUGUGCAGUCAUCAACCAAUUCUUCAAGAUCAUUUGCAAUGAUAACAUUGAGAGGCUAGUUUUUCCAGAGUAAAUAGUUUGUAUAAUCAAGUUUUUCAAUGAGAGGUUGGCUCAAGUUUGGUAGCCGGAGUAACUUUAAUUGAGGUUGAACAUUAUAAACAUGAGGCUAAGGUUGAUUUUGGAUUUGAGGUUGAGGAAUCGGAGUUGUAGGGUAAGGAAAAAGGAAAUUUUUUUGGCGUAGUACCAGAGAUGAAAUGGUUGGGAUUAGCAGUGGAAGGAGUACCAAUACCAGAGAUGAAAAAUUUGUGAUGUUUUUUAAUUGUAGCGGUUAGUUCUGACGGUGGAGGCGGCGACGACUGUGGUAGGAGAGGUCGUGGUGGGAAGACGGUACUAAUGGGAUUCCUUUUAUUUUUAUUUCUAACUUUUUAAUUAUUUAUUUAAGAUUUGUUUGCACUUAAAAAAAAUAAUAAUAAUUUGGGAGCAUUGAGAGUAUAUUUUUGCAAUGAAAGGUGUAAAUAGGGGUGAACAUGUAACAAAAUGAAAGGUGAGGAUAUUAUGCACAAUGAACUUUAAACUCCUAGAUAUAACAACGACUUUCAGUUGCUGACAUGGCAUUUUCCCGGAAUAAAAGGGAUGAUUCGAAACAGAAACAGAAAAAAUAGAAAGAGAGCAAGAAAAUCUGCACGACGUCUGCACGUUUAAGGGGGUCAAGAGUCUGAAGAUUCAACCCUUUCAAUUCAACAAUUCCCUCAUUUAAAUUCCAGAAAACUCUUGAAUUUCAAGAACCAAUUCUUUGUUUUUUUCUUGAAGAGGGCUUUUUCUGGGCUUAUUUGUGUCUGGAGAUUUUAUAUUUUGAGCUCAAAAGAAGACAGACACCUCCUUCUUAAUUUUAUCUCCUGCACAAUUCUUAAAUUUAAAUUUUCUAUAUUUGCAAUCAAUCAUUCUUGUUAUAACACCAAUGUGGGCAGAGGCCUCAGCCUUUUCAAACGCUUAUGCAUGCAUGUCAUAGAAAUUGAGGAAAAUAUUUUCUUACGAUUAUAAUUUCUGUUUGAGAAGUGAUUGCAGCUGUUCAGAGAUCAAAGGUCAUUUGUAUGAGUUCAGUGUAAUAGAAUCUUGGAUGAAUUAAGUAGAUAUUUUGGUGGGCUGUCAUUCUUUUCUCCAAGAAGAAGGAAAUUUUUGUCAGUUCUCAUUUUAUGGAUUUUACAAUGGGCUGAUGAAGAAAUUGAAUUUUGAAUUUUGGAGUUCUAGGGUGGUGUUAUAUGGGUCAGAAUAGGAUAGAAAGAGCAUUGUUUUUGUGAUUCUUUAAAUGGGUUUUGGUUUAAUUGGAGGAUUUUUGCGCCAAGGUAUAUCACAAAUUGAAUGGCUGAUUUGCACAGGACUAGUCUCGUGGAAAGGGACAUUGAUCAGGCCAUUACAGCUCUUAAGAAAGGAUCCUACUUGCUGAAGUAUGGGCGGAGAGGGAAGCCUAAGUUUUGUCCAUUUCGACUUUCCAAUGAUGAGUCUACAUUGAUAUGGUACUACGGCAAAGAUGAGAAACAACUUGAGCUACGUAAUGUUUCAAGGAUAAUUCCUGGACAGCGUACUGCAAUAUUUCAGCGGUAUCCUCGACCUGAGAAGGAAUACCAAUCAUUUUCUCUCAUUAGUAACGAUAGAUCCUUGGAUUUGAUAUGUAAAGAUAAGGAUGAAGCUGAGGUUUGGUUUGUCGGUUUAAAAGCUCUAAUUGAAUGUGGUGGCUACAGAAAAAUAAAAAUUGAGGGAAAGAGUGAAAGUACAUCAUCAGAUAGUCCAUGUGGUCGGAUUGUCUCUCCCUCAAGUUUUUCUCUUUUACAUCAGGAUCAAGGAGAUACCCAACAAACUGAGAAUCUUUCUCAGAGCAGAUUGGGAAAAGCAUUCGCAGACAUCAUUUCAUACUCUGCAACAGCCAAGAGUCCUACACGGGUAGAAUCCGUGACAUAUUCUACCAACUCAUUGUCAGCAGGGGCUGUAGACAACUCGAAUUACCAAAGUCCUGGGGCUGACACAUUUCGGGUGAGUCUAUCUAGUGCUGUAAGUUCAUCAAGUCAAGGUUCCUGUACUGAAGAUUUUGAUGGCUUCGGCGAUGUUUUCAUUUGGGGAGAAGGCACUGGUGAUGGGGUGGUCGGAGGUGGUGUGAUUGGAGUCCAUAGAUCAUCUAACACCAAGGUUAAUGCUCUCUUGCCCAAGGCAUUAGAAUCAACUGUUGUGCUUGAUGUACAUAGUAUUUCUUGUGGUGAUAGACAUGCAGUUUUAGUCACUAAGCAUGGGGAGGUAUUCAGCUGGGGGGAAGAGAGGGGAGGGAGGCUGGGUCAUGGAGUCGAAGCUGAUGUUUCCCACCCCAAGCAAAUUGAAACACUUCGUGGUAUGAACAUUAAAAUGGUAGCAUGUGGCGAAUAUCACACUUGUGCUGUUACACAUUCUGGUGAUCUAUACACUUGGGGUGAUGGUACUCUUAACUGUGGUUUGCUUGGAAAUGGAAGUGAAGCAAGUCACUGGAUCCCAAAAAAUGUGGGUGGUCCCAUUGAGAGAUUACAUGUAUCAUUUGUUUCAUGUGGGCCUUGGCAUACGGCUUUGCUAACAUCUGCUGACCAGUUGUUUACAUUUGGAGACGGGACUUUUGGUGCACUGGGACAUGGAAAUUGUAAUGGCACCAGAAUUCCACGAGAAGUGGAAACUUUAAAGGGAUUGCGAACAGUCAAGGUUGCUUGUGGUGUAUGGCACUCUGCUGCAAUUGUUGAAGUAAAGAGUAAAUCUUCUAAUUCUGGAGAAUCUGAUGGUUCAUUAUCUGGAAAGCUGUUCACCUGGGGGAAUGGGGAUAAAGGGCGGCUUGGGCAUGGUGAUAAUGAAUCAAGACUAGUUCCUGAAUGUAUAGAUUCAUUGGUCAAUGUUAGCUUUUCCCAGGUAGCAUGUGGAAACAAUUUUACCAUUGCUCUGACAACGUCAGGACGGGUAUAUACCAUGGGAAAUAAUGUUUAUGGCCGGCUGCUGAAUUCUGUAGCCAGUGGAAAGACUCCCACUUGUAUAGAAGGUAAAAUUGCUGACAGUAUCGUGGAAGAGAUUGCUUGUGGUUCACAUCAUGUGGCAGUUUUGACAUCAAAGGCAGAAGUUUAUACCUGGGGAAAGGGUUCAAAUGGGCAACUUGGGUAUGGUGACAUUGAUGACCAGGAUACACCUAAUCUUGUCGACUUUCUAAAAGAUAAACAAGCAAAAAGUGUGGCCUGUGGUUCAAAUUUUACUGCUGUUGUAUGUCGUCAUAAAUGCUUAUCUAGUGCUGAUAAUUCCAUGUGCUCAGGUUGUCAGAAUCCUUUUAAUUUCAGACGAAAACGUCACAACUGUUACAACUGCGGACUUGUUUUCUGCAAAGCAUGUAGCAGCUGGAAGUCCCUUAAGGCGGCCUUAGCCCCAAGUAUGAACAAGCCUUAUCGUGUCUGUGAUGAUUGUUUCAACAAAUUACGGAAGGUAGCAGAUUCGAGAUCCGUUCCUCGAAUUCCUAAUGUCAAGAGUGGAGGUUCACUAUAUAAGCCCAGUGAAACAGCAGAAAAGGAGACAGGGACUUCUCGUUUACCUGGAAGUAUUUCAAGACUCUCUUCUGCAGACUCAUUCAAAUCUGAAAGGAGUUCCCCAUAUAAUGUGAGAUCUGAGUCAAAUGAUAGCCGCGUGUUUCCUCUUCAAAAUGGAAAUGUUCAGAGGGCAAGCGUGUCAUCAAAGUCGCCUGUUAGCCCAUUUGGAAAUUCUAGAAAUUUCACUUGUGUUUCUGUUUCUGUUCCUAGUUCUAGAAUAGUUUCUCGGUCACCAUCUCCUAUUCCAGGAAAGUCAAGCCCUCUGAGGUCUGCCACAGUGUCACCAUCUAUAUCAGUUCGCACUUCAGAAGUAACUGCUGAUGAUAUAAAGAGUACUAACGAUAGUCUAUGUCAGGAGGUGAAAUAUUUAAAGGCACAGGUAGAAGAACUUGCUAAGAAAUCCCACCUGCUUGAAGCUGAACUGGAAAAAAAAUCUGAGAAACUUAAAGAGGUGACUGCACAUGCAGCUGAUGAGGCUGAAAAAGGCAAAGCUGCAAAAGAAGCAAUCAAGUUGCUGACAGCACAGUUAAAAGAGAUGGCUGAAAGAGUGCCUAAAGAGAAUAAUGCUUUCAGCAACUUGGAUACUAAAGCUGAGCAAAUGCUGCACGAUACUGGUCGACCAUCUAAUGGAAGCAUUUCCUCCCCUAGAAGUGAGUCGAGUGACAGCUUGACCCCUCCACCCCUAUCUAAUGGAACCAAAGUGCAGAAGUUGGAUAGGAUAAUACAAGAUGAGCCAGGCGUUCACUUGACUCUUAUCUCCUUGCAAAAUGGUGUCAAUGAGCUGAAACGGGUUCGUUUCAGUCGGAGACGUUUCACUGAAGACCAGGCAGAGAAGUGGUGGGCUGAAAAUGGAACAAGAGUAUGCGAAAAACACAAUAUUCAAACUCCGACGUAGUCUGAGGCAAGCAGUCGUUACAGCUAACUUUUCACGACUAUCUUUCUGUAGACUGGAAACUGUAAAUUCUAUUCUCGGCUUGUUUUUCUUGAUCAGUGGAGCUCACAUCCCGGGCUCAGUUUUAAUGGUAGAAUGAUAAGC